UAUACCGAGGGUCUGGCAAUUGCUGUAUUUGUUGUUGAUGUUGUUGUAUUUGUUGUUGUUGUUGUUGUUGUAUUUGUUGCUGUCGUUGUUGUAUUUGUUGUUGUUGUUGUUGUAUUUGUUGUUGUUGUUGUUGCAUUUGUUGAUGUUGUUGUACGAGUUGUUGUUGCUGUUGUUCUAUAAGUUGUUGUCGUUGUAUGAGUUGCUGUUGUCGGAAUAACGAAGUCUCAGACUCUGACCGUAUGCAGAGCUUUCAUUCUCUAUGUCAUAUGUAACAUCCAUAAAUUCCACGUACGCGUACAUUUAGCUAUAUAGUACACUCAAUCUAUUCAGUAUCUCAAUUUUGGUGUUUUCUUGCCCAUUUGCUUUAUAUAAUUAUAUAAUGUCUUCAACUGUUAUUGCAAAAACUGUAGCUAUUCAUACAGAUAGCUCAGAUACAAUUCAAGGAAGGAGCUCUAGAAAAAGGAUCGAUGCUAUAGAAGUUCUCACACAAACGGAUGAUCUGUAACGUCCAUGCCUUCUUUGAGCAAGUGAAGCGUGAUGGGCCAAUCAUGCUGGAAAGUGCAACAAAAAGAACGGCAAUGGCGAUGCAGGUAUCUGAACGCACUGUAUUCAGAGUUCAUCGCCAAGUAAACGUUGAAGGAGAUAUGCAUAGUCCCGCAAAGGAAGGCAAGAAGUCUGGUUCAGGUCCUGCCCAACAGGAGACUGACAACUUUCAAGGAGUCAUUCGUCGUAGAAUUCACCGGUUCUACACAGACAGAGAACUCCCAACGAUGGAUGAACUGAUUUUAGGUCUACAACAAGACAUAGAUUACUCAUACAGCAAACAAACACUUCUCAAAACAGUCAAGAAAAUGGGCUUCAAAUAUACAACACGCAACAAGAAAACAGCGUUGUACGAACAACACAGAAUUCUUGCUGCUCGUCAUCACUAUCUCAGACAAAUAAAGAAGUACAGAGACGAGGGAAGACCAAUAGUGUAUCUAGACGAGACAUGGCUCAACGCGCACCAUACCUUGGAACGAUGCUGGACUGACUACGACGGCAAAGGAGGUUUGAGAGUCCCAUCAGGAAAGGGUGGAAGACUCGUUAUUCUCCAUGCAGGGUGGAAAGAGGGUUGGAUUUCUAAUGCUGACCUCGUUUUCAGAGGAAAGAAAGGCGAAAUGAACACGGCCCACUCUAGGGAGUGGUUCAGAGAGAGGUCGAUUCCAAACCUUCCAGCAACUUCUGUUAUUGUUCUUGACAAUGCCCAGUAUCAUAAAAGCAAGAAACCCGGCUUCGCAGUACCUGACUGA